AUGGAAAAUCCCUCCCGCCGCCAAGGGAACGUCUACAUCCAUCCAGAUUAUCAACAACUCAACCCACGAUAUGGGCAGCAUAACAGUCACCCUGUCUGGGGAUUAGCAAAACCUCUGCCGCGCGUCGUGAGGCCCGGAAUGCGACGAGAUGAAAGCAAGAAUCAAUCAGCGUGUGAGGUAAAUCCCCCUGGCGGGUCUGAGCCUGCUCCAGAACUGGGUUCGACGCCUGGUUUGGCCUCGAAACAGUCGAGUAGUGCAGGGCUUCACUCCUCCCAACAAGUCUAUCAGGAUUAUGCUGCCGCUGCACAAGAGGGCACGCGCAGACAACGUGCAGUUUACGCCCCGCAGUCAGAUGGUCUCCUUCGCCCAAUUGAAUCAGAAUUAAGCUGUAAUUGGUCUACUCAUAAGGCUGGUGUCAAUGAAGUCGAACCGUCAAAUACACCCCCUGAGGAAUUUCUCAAUACAUGGGUCAAGUACCGACACUACCUAAAGGAGCCAUUGGCAGAAUGGCUAGCAACAUCUGUCGCUAUAUUUAUCGGUCUAACUGGGACACUUGCAGUUUCAACUGCAGGUAUCGACGCUGGAAGCCGUAUCUCGGAGAAUUGGGCAUGGGGCCUGGGAUUCAUGAUUGGCAUUUAUCUUGCUGGUGGUAUCUCCGGAGCUCACCUGAAUCCGGGUAUCUCUAUCGCGCUUUGUAUAUUUCGCGGAUUUCCUGGUCCACGAUGUUGCCUCUACAUACUCGCGCAAACUCUUGGGGCUAUUACUGCUGCCGGACUAGCAUACAUUCUGUAUCGGGACGCCAUUAUCAGCCUUGCCCCGAAUGUUUCUCCGGGGACUACUGGUCUAGGAUUUUACACAGAGCCCCUGGCAUACAUCAGUUCUGCUACGGCAUUUUUUACUGAAUUUAUAGCAGACGCGAUCCUGCUUUGCGUGAUUUUUGCCAUGGGCGAUGACAGUAACGCUCCACCGGGUGCAGGAAUGCAUUCAUUUGUGAUUGGGUUGGUCAUUUACGCUUUAUGUAUUUGCUUGGGCUAUAGCACUGGAGGAUGUUUGAACCCAGUUCGGGACUUCGGCCCUCGACUCGUGGCUCUUAUGGCGGGGUAUGGAAAGACCACAUUCACGGCCUUCCAUGGCUGGUGGUUCUGGGGCUGCUGGGUAGCCACGAUAAGUGGCUGCCUGACUGGAGCUUUACUAUAUGAUGUAUUCAUAUUUAUUGGAGGUGAAUCUCCCAUUAACUAUCCACGACGCAGGCGAAGACGGGCAAAGCUUAAGAAGGAAAGAAAGUGGAGACGACGACUCGGCAUCGGGAAAGAAAAAUUGCCUUCACUUGAAGAAGGAAUCAAGAAUCUGGAGAAGUAA